UUGAAGCAUAUUGAUCUUGUUUUAGAGUUUCCUGCCUUCAUCCGUGCAAAGCGAAUGGCUCGCAAUCUUUAACUGCAUUCAUACCAAUCAGCUAUCGUGAGAUAUUAUUACACCUAUCCAAUAAAGUUGAUCGCGCGCGCCGGAGAGCUUCAGUUAAGUGAAUGCAUUCGUACAGAUCGGUUGGAGUUUGUGAUUCUUUGUUCGACUGGUUGGUAAUUUGUUUCAGCAGCUAGCACUGUUCAAUGGUUUAUUAUGUUUUAAACUGUUCGAGAGUAAACAAACCUAAAAGUGCGACGAAUGAAGAAAAUUAUGGUGUUUCCAAAUGAAAGUUCCGAAGAAUGAAAGAAAAAGUGCACAAGGUCGUUUCGUUGUAUGUACUUUCUAAUCUAUAAUAGUGCUGUGCUGUUGAAAACUUCGAGCUCUGUUUUCACUAUAAAUUGGAAGUGAACCUUACUGGAAACUGUUAGGAAUAAUCAUGAAAUUUUCUACAUGCGAUAACAUAAUAUAUGUUUUGAAUCAAGUUUUCUCUACGCGUCUGUUGACCACACGUGGAUGGCUGCUGGUCCUUUUAUAUUUUUUUGCUUCGGAACCGGUGAACGGUGAGACGACGAUCAACAAUUUCCAAGAUGUAUCGCAUGGGAUUCAUGACAAGCACUGUCGUCAUCAGCAUCCGAAGGCGCAUGAGGUAAUACAUGGAGUACAACUGGAGCCUAUUCACGUAAUACGAAAACGGAGCAUCGAUCAGCCGCUUCGAAUAUUGUUAGUUUACGAUGAGUCUGUGUACCGGCUAGACUCCGACAAAUUCGCCCUCAUUAACGACACAAUACUACCGGAAGCCGUCCGGUUUUGGGAGCAAGCUCUGAUGGUGCGACAAACGAAGGAGGUUAUAAGACUCAAUCGAAAGUGUGAAAGUAGCCAGGUGUUUGUGAAAAAUUCUCUCACUUAUUGUAUCGAUUCCUGCAAACCCGUGACACUUUGCGGAGAGGUGCAGGUUCCGGAAGACCACUUAGACGUGUGUCGUGUUUGCAAUUCUACUGGACAAGACUGUCGAGAAGAUGCCAGUACAAUCGCAGGAUCGGGGAUUUCAAAUGCCGAUUUUGUGUUCUACGUUUCCGCACGGCAAUCUGAACGUUGCCACAAAGGAUUGACGGUAGCGUAUGCCGCUCAUUGCCAGCAAGAAGCGGCACUAGACCGGCCUAUCGCGGGUCAUGCGAAUCUGUGCCCGGAGAGCAUUAACACUAAACCACAAGAGCUGCAAACUUUACUCUCCACUGUGAAGCAUGAAAUUCUCCAUGCACUCGGGUUCUCGGUAAGCUUGUAUGCCUUUUUCCGAGACGACGAAGGAAAUCCUCGAACUCCACGAAAACCGGACACUGGAAAACCGUACCUUAAUGAAAAAUUACAAAUACACCAAUGGAGCGAACAGACCAUCAAGAAGGUAACGAGAAACGAUUGGGCAGUACGUGGCGGGUAUAUCAAUAGGACAGUUGAUAUGAUGAUCACUCCAAGGGUGGCAAAGGAGAUUAGAGAUCAUUUUAGUUGCCAGAAAUUGGAAGGAGCUGAAUUGGAAGACCAGGGAGGCGAAGGUACUGCACUGACACACUGGGAGAAACGUGUACUGGAGAAUGAAGCAAUGACAGGCACACAUACGCAAAGUUCAGCUUUCUCGCGAAUCACUCUGGCACUGAUGGAAGAUUCGGGAUGGUAUAGAGCUAAUUACAGUAUGGCUUCUCCAUUAACCUGGGGUCGAGGGUUAGGAUGCAAUUUUGCAAUGAAAAGUUGUAAAGAUUGGAUAACCUCGAACAAUGUCAGGAGACGUUCUAUCCAUCCGUUCUGUGCAAAGGUGAAACGAGACCCUCUCCAGACAGAGUGCACGGACGACAGAAGCUCCGUAGCGCUGUGCAAUCUGAUUCGGCAUGACAGUCCGUUACCUCGACAGUAUCAGAACUUCGACUCUCUAGCACAUGUACCAACAGGUGAUGAAGCGUAUUACGGGGGAUCGGUUUCUCUAGCGGACCAUUGUCCAUAUAUACAGGAAUUCACAUGGAGAAGUCGGAAUAUUGUUGUGCGGGGCUCACAAUGUCAAUUCGAAGAUAACAAUCCAAAACCAGAGAAAAACUUCGCUCUGGAAUCGUACGGACCAGAGUCUAAAUGCUUCGACCAUAGUGAACACAUGUGGGAAGAAAGAUCUUGCCGGCAAACACGUGAAUGGCAACAUUGGGGCUCGGGUUGCUAUCGAUAUAAAUGCGACCAUGGACGGUUGCACAUAAUUAUUGCCAAUUAUUCGUAUGAGUGCUUCUAUGCUGGACAAGAAUUGAACGUGCGUCUUAUGGCUGGUGGGUGGUUACACAAGGGUUCUGUUAUUUGUCCAUCCUGUAAAGAGAUGUGCAAUACAGUAUUUGAGCAGCGAGGAGAACGGUGUAAAGCUAGUGAGGAAGCUCCAUUAGCAACAUACUAUCCGAAGCAUCAGCUGAAAUGCAGUGCUGUAGGUGUAAAACAUUCCGUAAAUGAAUUCCUUAUCCCGAUUUCGGCAGCUCUAGUUAGUCUGAUACUAUUAUUACGAUUACGAAGCUAAUUUUUGAUCUGAUAAGUCUACAUGUAUAUUAUUUUAAUUCUAAUUUAUGAAAGUCUAACAUCAUGUGAUAAUGUGUUUUUGUUUUUUUUUCUGUUUUGGACGCACGACAGUAGUUUUAAUUUAGAUGUAGCCUUCGAUAGUGUAGGGGCGUGUAAAUUGUAUGUAAAUAGCUUGAACCAUUAUUUGAUUCCACAAUUACGCGAUUAAAGACUUGUACAUAAUAAGGUAGGCAAAAGACAGCUAUUCGAAAUUGAACAGACAGCGAGUUAGAUCUCACAGUAUCAAUUUUGUAACAAAGAAAAUCGUCAGAUCCACGAAACAUAGUAACUAAGUAGCAAGUUUUUCAAUUAAAGUUUUUGUUUAAAACAACAUCGGCUGGUAGAUGAUAACUACUCCGGUUAUCGUUCCGUAAAGCUAGAGUGUUCCUUACCAUGGUGCCGUCAUAGUUUGAUUUAAAAUAAUCUAGUGAAGUAGAAAUCGUAUGUGAAACUGCCAAAGUUUUGAUGACCGAACAAAGUUUGUCACAUUGAAUGAAAAAGAAAAUAUAAAGAUUUCCGCAAUCAACA